GGACCUCUGUAGCUCUUGGGUGCUCGACUAAGGCUCGACUUCCUUUCAUCGCCAUCCCGCCUUCUGUCUUCUCGACCACCAUUCAGUUCUCAACCCAUUUUUCCAUCGGCGUCUCCUUCUGCUGCGUACCCACAAGCGUUUGCUGAACAACCAACGUCCCGCCUUGCCUGCUCCUCAGCUGUCCGCCAAGCUAGCGUGAGAAAUGGACGUUCCAACCAUCACCACCCACGACGAGAUCAAGUCUGAUGUCGGAACCAGCGCCGCCGACGAUGAACUCAACCAACAGCUGAAAUCGAAGGGUCCGAUGACCAACGAUGAGAUCACACAGCAUUUCAAGUCCGUCCUGAUGACCCAGACCAAGUUUUUUUACGAGAACUUGCGCAAUGACUGUGUCCGCAUCGAGGAGGCUAUGAAAGAGUCCGAGCGGGAGGUGCUGCGAAAGGAGGAGGAGGCCUAUUUGAUCCAGCGACAUGAUGCCGAAAUGGCUCAUUUGAAGGGGCUCCAGCAGAACGAGUUUGCCCAGAAGAAGGAGGCCUUCCAGCGGUUCAUAUCAGCUCGCGAUGCCCGCAAAAAGGCCAAGCGGCUCCAGCGACAGACCAUCCGCGACAUGAAGCGACGAGACCGAACCAUCAUGGAGCAGGAGACGGCCUCUCGAGAAGCCGCUCGCGUCAAGAGUACGCUGACAGCGAAGCGAAAUCAAUUCGACGCUCUCACGGCUUUUCUCGAGAACAAACACGAGAAACAGCGACGCCAGCUGGCGUCCGCUCAAGAGCGAAAGAUCCAGUACGAACGAGUGUUGGAUGAGAUGCAAAACUCGCACGAAAGGGUUGAAGUCAGAAGGACCAUGCAAAAGAAGUUCAUGGUUCGCAUGAAUCACCAGAAUGCCGCAGACAAGCGCAUUGCCGACCAGCUGCAAGAGAUCCAGCAGCUCGAGCUCAAGCACGCCAAGGAAAAGUUUGAUCUUGAGUACCAGUCCUAUGAAGACGUCCAAACCUUGAAGGCUCAGCAUUUCAGCCAGAUCGCCGAACUUGGCAUCCAGCAGACCCUGGAACUGCACUCAGAGAAGGAGCGCCUGCUCUUGAUUAAGGAGCAGACCAAACUGUCCUCACUCGAGGCGCAGCAUGCUUCUGAGAUCAAGAAGCUCAGCUAUCUUCAUCGCCAACAAGUGCGCGCUUUGCGUGCUCAGCAAGAUACCCGCCUGCGUGCCAUCAAAGGCGCAAAGGCCGGAGGGAAUCGAAUCUCUAGAAGUGUUGCUCAGUCUCAGAGUGCGUCGUGCACUGCUUCCGUCAGCGACAUGGGCGCCGAUGAUCGUUCGGAUGCUGGCAGUGAUGUGAUGUCGGUCGCCUCCGGAGUCCCUCGCGGCGAUGAUUCUCGUGCUGUUGCCUUGAAUGAAGAAGCCGAAGAGGACGAAGACCUCGACGACGAGCAGCAGAACAGCGCUGCGGAUCGACAAGCGGCCUCGAUCAAGCGACUCACGCAAAAGCAUCGUGAGUCUCGAGCCUCGAUGCUGGAAGUCCAAAAGUCCGAGCUCGAGAAGCUCGAAAGCGAUAUUGCCGAGCGAACCAAGGAGCUGGAGGAGGACCAGGCCGCGGAGAUGCGCGAGAUGCUGGAGGCGCACGAAAGCGAAAUGUCGGCUUUGUACUCUUUGCAGGAGAAGGAGAUCCAGAUGGAGGCAUCCGUUCACGACGCUGAGUCCAAGAUGAUGGUCGAGCGCCGUGUGCUCAACUCUGUCCUCGACACCGUCAUUAACGGUAUCAUUAACAUCGACCCCACUGGAAUCAUCACCCGGUUCAACAACGCCGCCGAGGCUAUGUUUGGCUACAAGGCAGCCGAAGUCAUUGGGAAAAACAUCAAGAUGCUCCAGCCAGAAGAAAUCGCCAGUAUCCACGACCAGUUCCUGAUCAACUAUCUCACCACUGGCAUCAAAAAGAUCAUCGGGUAUGGUCGCAGAGCCUUUGGAAAAAAGAAGGACGGCUCGCUCUUCCCGGUGCACAUUUCGGUCUCAGAAGUCCGCGAUGAUGGCGCACAUCUAUUCACGGGUAUCGUUCGAGACCUCACUGAGGAGGUCGCCAUAGAAGAACAGCGGCGCUCGGCUGAUCUCCAGAAGAAGAAGGAAAUCGAGGAUCUUAUCCACGAGGUCGAUCGCUCCAAGGCCAAGUCAGACUCACUGUUGUCGCAAAUGCUUCCGCCGGCUAUACAGAAGCAGCUCGUUGCCGGCAAGCAGAUUAUCCCAGAGUCAUACGACUCGUGCACGCUCCUGUUUUCCAAUAUUGUCGGAUACAGUGACAUUUGUGCGCAGAGCACGCCCCUCGAGAUGGUUGAGCUCCUUAACGGUCUCUACACGACCUUUGACGAGGUCAUCAGCCAACACGAUGCCUACAAGGUUGAAACCAUCAAUGACUCCUAUGUCGUCGCCUCGGGACUGCCCAACCGCAAUGGCCAACUGCAUACCUCCGAGAUCGCCGACUUGGCUCUGGACCUCCUCUCCGCUGCUCUGAGCUUCAAGUUGCCUUCGAGACCAGACUUCAAGCUCAAGGUUCAAAUCGGCGUCAACACGGGCCCUAUUGCUGCUGGUGUGGUGGGCUUGAAGAUGCCUCGUUAUUGCUUGUUUGGCGAUACCAUCAAUGUGGCUUCGCGCAUGAUGUCUUCAGGCGAGCCCAUGAAGAUCCAGAUCAGCGAGCCAUGUUACCUGGCACUAAACCGAGCCGGAGGCUACUAUCUGAUCAGCCGCGGGGAGACCAAGGUCAAGGGCAAGGGCUUGAUGAACACGUACUGGCUGGCCGGAAAGGAGAACUUGACAAAGCCCCUCCCAGUCGAGACGACAACGCUACUCGAGAACAGACGGGAGGCCGAAGGCGCUGCGCCGCCUGAGUGAGACCGCUGUAGGCCAUUGGUCCCCAAGACCACCUAUCCCCGUGUUUGGCACCUUUCUUAUAUCGUCAUUGGAGAUACGUUGG